AUGGCCGCCGUUCAACUCAAGUUCUCCCUCAGGACCUCGUCCAACGUCAAGACCGUUCACCUGGUCGGCUCCUGGGAUAACUACCAGCGCCAGAUCCCACUCUCCGCAGAGGACAAGCCCGGCGCCUGGGUCGGCAAGUUCCGCUUCCAGACCUCAAUGCUGCAACUCGGAGGCCGCUACUGGUACUACUACAUCAUGGACGGCUACCACGUCUCGCACGACCCCGCCGUGGAGUACACCGUCGAGCCCACCACCGGCCGCAAGCUCAACAUCCUCGAUGUCCCCGGCGGCAAGUCCUCCAGCACCAGCACCCGCAAGUCCCGCAGCGCCAACAUCGCCACCGGUCGCGCCCUGUCCCCCUCGCGCAUCCAACACCCCAAGCCCUCAAAGCCCUACGCUUCCCGCCAGCUUCGCGAGGCCGACUUCGCCCCCACCGUCGACGACUUGACCCGCCGCUUCGCCGGCUCCCGUCUGUCCGACGAGUACUCCUACUCCAACUCGCCUCCCAGCUCUGCCGGCUCCAGUCUGUCUUCUCGCUCGUCGGGUUCUACUUCGCCCUCGUCGCUCUCGUCUAUGAGUGACCCGCCCGUCCAGUGCCGCUGUGAGCGCUAUGGUAUUACCCGCAAGGGUGACCGUGUCAAGCUUGACUGUGGUGGUUCCCGCUGUGGUUAUCUGACCGAGUCUUCUGAUGAUAGCUGCUCUGAGUCUGAGUAUGAGAGUGAUGAGGAGUACUGCCGUGCUCGCAAUGCUGCUCGUCGCCAGGGUAUUGUUGUUCGCCGGUAG